ACGGGCAAACUACGCGAAAACACAAUUAGUCGGGACGUGAUUGUCUAAGCGCGUACUACGGGAGUGUUUUUUUUAAAUGCCUAACUGUUCGGUGGUUGUGUGCAAGAAUCGAAGUGACCAUAAACUUGAAGGGGUCACUUUUCAUAGAUUUCCAAAUGAGAAAACAAUUAAAGAAAAAUGGACAAAUUCAACUGGGAGAGGGCCCGAUUGGUGGCCAACAAAACAAAGCACAAUAUGUUCUGUGCAUUUUGAAAAAAAUCAUUUUAGGCCACAUACAAAGAUUCGCAGGCUUUUUGAAUGGGCAGUGCCUACAUUAAAAUUACGCUUGGUUUUUGCAACGGCCGAUACAUCACAUAAUCUUCAGAGUUCACCAGCCAGAAUUGCAAAAGACAGUGAACCUCAAAUAUUGUCUCGAAUGUCUGGAGAAGAAAAUAUACCAAAUAAAUCACAAUCUGAACAAAUACCUACCUCAGUAUUAUAUUGA